CAGAAAAGGGCCAGAUAAAUGUAGGUCUAUUUUGGGGUGGAUAUUUUCGAAAGCUUUAACCCAGAAUUAUUUUCAUAGGGUUGCUGAAAAGAUAUGCAAUGUUUUAUUAUUAUUAUAUGUCGUUUCAAUCAGUGUCAUAAUCCAGGCUACAGUAAUUAAAUAGGUUACAUACGGACCAAUAUAUGUUUGGGAUACACGACAGUUAUUGGCAAGAGACAGGCUACAAACAACAUAUUUGUGGGCAUUAAAUGUUUGACCACAAAACACACCCUUGGCUCAGACUGAAAACAAGCCGUCUCUUUGACGCCCCCGCCAAGGUCUAAUAACAGAGUGCAGUAGGCUACUUUACAACCCGUAAUAACCGUGCUGCAACUAUUGAGUGUGGGCACUGAGCCAACGCGCCUCCUCGUUAGAGAGAAUUGGAGCCUGGGGAUCAACAACAUAGACCCGUUUUGUCAGCCUCACAUUAAAACCAGUUUGACGGGAAAAGUUGCGUGGGAGGUGCUUUGUCCCCUCACAUUUACCCUUCAGAGCAGCCAGGUAAAGCCAAACUACACCCGGAGUACUCAAAGAAAAGGUGAUUUUAUACUGCCCAAAACUCAGCAUGGCGUUUACGUUAGUGCUUAGCACGUUUGUAGGCUGUGUUUUUAUCGCCAUGGGCCAUUUAGAAAAUUCUCGGUUGGCGUCCGUCGAUUUUAGUUCGUCUGUUCGCUCGGUGUGCAAACCACUUCCCAACACACUCUCUCUUUGCCACGGCGUCGGUUACCGGGAGAUGCGUUUGCCAAACCUGCUUGGCCAUGAUUCGUUAAAAGAAGCUCAGCAGCAGUCUGCAGCGUGGCUGCCCCUGGUGUCCAAACUCUGUCACCGGGACACAAAGAAGUUCCUCUGCUCUCUUUUUGCGCCGGUAUGCUUACCUGAGCUCACCGCUCCGGUGAGUCCGUGCCGAGGACUGUGUGAAGCUGUACGGGACGGGUGCGUUCCUGUCAUGAAGGCGUUCGGGUUCCCAUGGCCCGACAUGUUUAACUGCAGCCGCUUUCCACACGGGACUGAACUAUGUAUUCCCGUCACCGGAGAAUCAAAUGCCAGAGACGUGGGACAAAAGAACAGGGGGCACGACGAGGAUGCUCUGAAAGGAGCAGUGAUCUGUGACGCCUGCAGCCUGGCCUCUGAGGGAGAUGUGGACAUUCAGAACAACUUCUGCAAAAGUUCAUAUGCCUUCAAGCUGCGUCUGGGCAGUGUGUCUGUGGUGGGAGGGGACCGCCGGGUGGUCCCACUGGGCCGGAGCCGUAUCCUGAGGUGGGGGGGUGGAGGAGCAGAGAGGGCGGAGGGGGUCGGGGGGGCCAUGGCCCACAGCGCCCUCUGGCUGUUGGAGGGGGGCACGUGCACCUGCCCUGGUCUGGAUGACACAGAAGGCUCCCAGAGGGAAGGGGAGGAAGGGGCCCAUGGUGGGGAGGGGAAGGCCUGGUGGUACCUGGGCCUCGCGGAGGCUCAGGAAGGGAGGCUGGUUCUUUCAAGGCUGGUGAGGUGGACCAGGGGGGACAAAGAGCUGAAAAAGUUCAUCAGGAGUACCCUAAAACAGCCCUGCUGAGGAGGGAACAAUCGACCCUUCCCCCCACCUCCCUCACUCUCCAUCCAAGACACAGAAGACUACCAGAACCAGGUCACUAUUUUUCUGGACAUACAAGCCAUAAACACAUGAAAUUUGAAGAGAAGCUCUCACCUUUCAGAUGAAUUAACAGUUUUGAGAAUGGGCUGCUGUGAACCAGGGCUUGGUAUGGAACCCCAGCCAUCCACACAGCUGUGGUGCUGAACAAGAACACAUGGGUGGGGUGGGGUAAAAUAAAAGGUACAGUACUGGGCCUAGGAGCAGCUUCCAGAACCUGGCAGAAGGUUUUGUUCAGACCUUGUUGGAUUUACAUGUAAAAUAUCAUUUCUACGGCAUUAAUUCAGCAAAGCAACAUUUUCACUGUAUGUAUUUAUAUUAGGAGCUCAAACGUAGCCUCUCAGAGAAUAGUAAGUCAAUGUUAUCAGAUGUUGUUGAUGUCAUUAACUAAUGUCCAAUACAUUUUCAUAAAAAUGAGCCAUAAAUACUGCAUUCAUUGGAGUUCUCGAUCUUUCUGUUGUUUUUGUGGGAGAAGGCAACCUGACUCCACACACACCUCACACCUGGCACUGUUACCUGAACCCCAACCCUUCUGUACGCAUCUCUCUCUCCACCCUUUUUACCUACUGUCCUUC